UGCCGUGUGGCCAGUGAGGGGUCAACAUGGAUGGCAGUGGAGAGUAGUGGAGGUUGCGUCAACUGGGAGUUGGAGGAAGUUUGUUAGUAAAGUAAGGGAGAAAGGCUAUAGCCUGGCAAUAGUGGUGCAGAAGACAACAUGUGUUGAUCGAUCGGGGGAGUCAAGUCAUGCAGGUAUUCCAAACUCCGCCUUAUGUUCACCCCUCGCAGGGAGCAUCUGGGUCGGCACACUUCCCUUACAUGCCAACGGGGGACAACGUGUUGAACACACCAGCAUGGGGACUUCAUAUCACUCCGCGUGCGCCAGAGCAGGGCCACACACAGCACACAUACGAUGAGUACGGUUCGGCGUCGACGCAUCACGGAGUGCCUGCUUACUCCCCUCGCACAGCAUUCAUUGAGGACUUCUUUUCCACUGAUCCUCCCCAGGAGGAAGUAGGGAUGGAUUACUGGCACGCAGCACCUCAGGUCACACAGCCGACGCAGGAGACGGAGGCCGGUCAGGGGCCAGACGUGACACCACAGCAGACAGCUAGAGAUAGGCACCCCCCUGAUAAUUUGACAUAUCCCACUGAGCAGAUUAGGCGUAGGAAGAAGGGAGGACCUAGCAAGCGUGCGAAGGGCACUGAUCGUCCUUGACUUAUCUAUUUGUAUUAAGCUUUUAGUUAUUUCUGUUCUGUCCGUACUAUUUGAGAAACACUUUACGAUUAACUUAGUACUAUCAGUACUAUUUCAUAAACUUCUUCGGAUAAUUACUCAGUAGCAUACCCUUCGAAUGAAUCAUGACAAAUUAUCAUUCAAAUAUACAAAUAAUGAAACUAAAUAAUUCAAAUAUUUUAACCAACAAAUAAAUACUACAAUUUCUGACCAAACAUUAUCAAAACCCUAAAUCACAUACAUAUAACAUUACAAAAAUAUUUUCCUUUCUUACACACUAAAAUAAAUUACAUAUUAUUAAAAAAAAUAACUUAUUACAAAUAAAUGGAGAACGCGACCCUGUCGAACUGCGGCAGUUCGACAGCCCAGCCUAUCGAACGGGGGCUGUUCGACAGCCCUGCCUGUCGAACGGGGGCUGUUCGAGUCCUGUCGAACGGCAGCCUUCCGAUCUCCUCGCCAGUCGCGCUAUGGCCGUUCGAUAGGUGCCCUAUCGAACUGCACCCGUUCGACAGAGACCUAUUUUCGCGAUUUUCCCCGGUUGACCACUACUUUUGCGAUUUUCCAUAAAAAUAAUAUUAAUUCUCAAAAAAAUUCCUCCCCCCACUCCCACUCCCUCGGUUUUUCACCGCACGCGCACCUGAAAGAAUCAAAGAAACGCCUCCGAU